AUGCCCUGUUUCAAAGGCCUGGCCGUGAGUAUCCAUACUCCAGAUGGCGCCAUCUCAGAAUACUCUAUCCAGCGACAAUCGCGUGCGUCUCGUAUAGCUUGUUUCAUUCCGGUCCCCCCGCCGAAGGUCCCGGAUUCUAAGAAUGGCAAGCCCGAACAAUCAACCUUCGCUAUCUCUAUCACCCUCUUGAACCCCGGUCAAGAUGUCCCUUACUCCACCCCUAAGCCAACCUCCGAGUGCCCAUCACCCAAACCGAAAGUCGUUGGCGGCCUGCCGGGAAACACAGGAGAGCGCGGCCAAUACUCCGGCGCUGUAGCGCCAUACCAGGCCUUGACCAAUUCACCCAACGAAACCGUUGCAGCCUACAUAUACUUUGAUGGAAGGCAGAAGGAGGAGGUGGCUACACUGUUGCGGAGGGGAGAAGAGACUUGGGUGAACUCACGCUGGGUUAGCAUUCCUGGAUCUGAAGGCGGCGGCAUUGCCGAGCGCGAGUUCCUGUUCCGAGAGGUCGGCCUGGAACGCUGGCUCAAUGGGCUGGAUUUGGAAGGAAAAGAUGCGGCCGCCAAGAUUGAGCGUCGCCGACAAAAAAUGGAGAAGCGUCGCGCCAAGCGCCUAGAAGAGGGCCUGAGUAUGGAUAUGGAAGCAGGCGCCUCUUCGAAGCCAAAGAACAUCAUGCGCUACGGUGGUGAUGCUAAGGCACCGCUGGAGAAUGUCUCGGAUGAUGAUCUGUCCUCCGAUUCUGAUGAUGAUGACCCAAUCCCGGAGACUGCUGGCCAGAUCAAGGUUGCACUAUUCCGCGUACUGGCGUCCGGAGAGAUCAAACGGGGUGAAUACUCUCCGCAAUUUGAUGCACACGAUGAUGACGAGGAAGGUGGCCAGGAGGGCGGAAAUGGAGAUGCCGAUGUGGAUCACACAACUAGCUUCGCAAAGCCUAAGUCGCUGGAUCCAAAAUCUAUCAGUACCCAAACCGUCACCGGCAUCGACCCGACUGACAAGCCAUACGCAACUUUUACAUUUAUGUAUCGUGGUGAACGGCAAUUGCAGAAAAUGGGCAUUUUUAGGGAUUCCAAAGCACCAGAAACACCCGCCGCAAAACGAAAGUCUUUACAAGCAGACUUCUCUAGCUUAGGCCCUCUCAAACCCGGCGGGACAGUUGGAUUCCUCAAUUUUAGGGAUCAAGAAACCGCACGUAAGAGCAAGAAAGGCGAUGAUGAAAUGGACAGCGAUGACGAUGACACCGAUAAUCCCAUUCUGAGCAAAGCGGACGACGAAGAAACAAAGGACGAUGACCAAUUCCUCUCUCCGGACGACAUCAAACGUCAGGGAGAACUGGAGGAAGGUGUACGUAAGAUUCGGUUGAAGCGCCAACACUCCGCUGAGCCGUUCAAUAGCGGCGGCGAGAACAACUCUGCCGAUAGUCCAGCUUCUGGUACAACACCCCCAGCGCCCGAGCGUGCCACGACACCACCUAAAGCUACCAUCAAUGCCACAGCGGGUCCCUCUGAGCCUUCUCAGCCUCUCGCAGACUCAGCCGCAGCCGCCGGGUUUAUUGGCAGUCCCUUGAAGAAGCAACGGGCCAGCGUAUCCGCAGCUGACGAAAAUGCGCUCCGACGCCGUAUUGCGGAGUCCUCUGGACGUAUCAAUGAGGUGCUGGGCACAAGUACGAAUGAGACUACGCCCGCCACCACAUCGUUUGGUGAUAAGAUCAACUCCGCGGAUUCAGCAGCUCCACUCCAAGAAGAUGAGGAGCUAUGA